AUGAUGCGAUCACUGAAAACUACCAGUGGAAGGAGGUGAGUUGAAAAAUUUGAAAAAUAGUUUUGGGCGCCAAAAAUUGAUCUACAGUACUCUUAGUUUUUGGCACUAAAAUUUUGAUCUAAUGUUUUUAAUUCCUGAAUUUCAUAAAGCUCUACAGUAUCCUCAAUUCUUUGAGCUACAGUAAUUCUAUUUUUAGCUUCAAAAAUUGAUCUACAGUACCAAAAAUUGAACUACAAUUUUUUUUGAAAAUUUUCAAUUUCUGAAUAUCAUAAAGCUCUACAGUAUCCAGAAUUUACUGGCACCAAACUUGAUCUACCUACAGUACCUUCUUAAAACAUUCCAAACUUACAGUAAUCUACAGUACCCUACCCUUAUUUGGUCUCAAAAAAUUCCAAAUUUUUCCCUCACCUAUCUACAGUACCCCUCUUCUACAGUACCCCAUUUUUCCAGUCUAAUCCUCUUCAUUCUCGCCUCCACAUUUUGCUCAAUAAUGGGCAAAGUUAUCGUAACUCGCUUCUUCUUCGAUUAUCCAAUUGUGAUUUUGAUGAUGCAGACCGCCUCCACACUUUUUGUCAUUGAAAUUUCGAGAAUUUUGGGCAUCUUAAAGGUGCCUACAGUAACCAAAUUCAAAUUUUUUUUUAAAUUUUUUUGAAAUUCAGGUCCCGCCGUACUCUUUCGAAAAAGGCCGUCAAAUUUUCAUCCCCUCUUUGCUCUACACUUUGGCUCAAUGGGUUACUGUAGCGAGUUUUGAGGGAAUCGCAAUGCCGAAUUUCGAUUCAGUCAAAAGGUGAGUCUACCGUAAUCUACAGUACCCAAAUUUUCGUACAGAUUCACCCCAUUGCUCAUCCUAAUCUUCAUCUCUCUCCGAGGCCGCCAACAAAAAUUGGACCCAAAUCGAACUCUAAUGAUUCUUGGAUUAUGUUUUGCCACGUCAGUCGCAGGUACAGUAACCCUACAGUAAUCUACAGUAACCCCAGAAUUUUCUACAGUAAACUUGGAAUUGGCUAUGGAUAGAUACUCAUUUUUGUAUGGUGUUUUUGGAGCUGGACUCCAGGCGGCCGCCCUAAUUUUAUUCGAGGAAAAUAUGGUUAACUUCUCGGUGAGUGGCCUAACUUUUCUCCGUGGCCGAAUUGGAUUUUUCUAGGCCACCGAAAUGCUCUACCUUCACUCCUUCAAUUCGUUGGUUUUCUACUUGAUGGCUGAUAUUGUACAGGAUGAGAUAAGAGAUGCGUUUAUGUAUAUUAUCACCGCUGCUCAUCCACUUUUUAUUGUCGUAUUUUGUAAGUUUUUUGAUGGAUUCAAGAGAAAUGAAUGUGAUAUUCGUGAUCAGCGCAAUUUUCUGAACAAAAUGAUGUUGGAAAAUUUUUUAGGGUUAGUGGGCCCUUUAAGGACCCUAAGGAGCUUAAGGUAAAUUUGAAGAGAUAGGCUAGGCUUGUUUAUACUCAUUUGAAAGCUCUUAGCGUGAAGAGAAAGAUUACGGUAAUCCUACAGUCUGAAAACCAUUAGAUACUCAGCCAAGUACAGGUACGCAGCCAAAUUUAUAUAGGGGGAAUUUAAAGAGAAAAUUGUAUAGCCUUGUUUAUACUCGUUCGAAAGCUCUUGGUAUACCGAGAACGAUUACGGUAAUCUUACAGUCUGAAAAUCAUUAGAUACUCAGUUAAGUACAGGUACGCAGCCAAAUUUCCAUAGGGUCGAUUUAAAGAGAAAAUAUAGCCUUGUUUAUACUCGUUCGGAAGCUCUUGAUCCACUGAGCAAGAAUAAAUUCAUCCCAAAAUUUUAAAAUCAUUAGAUACUCAGUCAAGUACGCAGCCAAAUCUUUCCCAAGGUUAUUUAUACUCAUUUUGAAGCUGUUUUUCUACAGUAAUCAACCUGCUCGCCGGCAUAAUUUUCCACUUUACAAUAUUCAAAUGUUUGGAGCACAACGGAGCUGUGAAACUUCAAAUCUUCUCAAACAUUCGUUGUGUUUUCGAGACAUUCAUCGCCUAUUAUAUGGGUUUCUAUUUGUUCUAUGACGUUUCGCCGGGAAUUAUUAAUUGGCUUUUUUUGAUUUUCACAUGUUUGGGAGCCAAGACUUUGAGAUUUGGAGAUGGAAUUGAUUUUGAGAAAGAGAAGGGAAAUAUUGUAAAAGGGCCUUGGAUGACUAAGGCUUGA